ACGCAUUGACUUAAAUGGACUGAAGAAAAAAAGUUCGUGAAUUGUUGUAAUCACGGAUCCAAAGCCAUUAACUGGAGCCUCUUUGUGGGGAUCACUACAGGCGCUUCUGUUCCUUCCUUGCCUCCACCCAAAUUCCCCAGUUCUGGUAAUCUCUCUCUCUCUCUCUCUCUCUCUCUCUCUACCAUUCUGUAACCUUUGCCAUCUUUCCGAAUCCAUUUAUUGGAUGCUUAAGAAGUGAUUUCUCUCUCUCAAAAACAUUGUUGUAUACUUCACUUAUUGGAUGCUCAGGAGUUGCAAUUUUCUCUUGUAUUUCUUUCAAUUUUCUACAAUCCCAUUAAAAUGGAUUCCAAUGAGACCCAAGAGCCUCAUAACUCACCAAAACCCUCCCAAACACACACUUUGAUCUUCAAAUUGAAACCCCUCCAUUUGUUUUUGUCAAUCCUAGUUGUAUUUCUGGCUUUUUCCUUCAGUUUCACCAACACAAACUACUACAAAAUUCAACAUUUGAAAUCAACCCUCUCUUCACACCCAAACCCUUUUCACAGACUCCUAAGGUUUCUUCACCCAACCCAGAAACCAAAACUGACUCCAAAACAAAAACCCAGUUCCAAACCCUCUCAAUGUGUCCUGUGGAUGGCGCCUUUUCUUUCUGGUGGUGGGUAUAGCUCAGAAGCCUGGUCUUAUAUCUUAGCCCUACAUGAAAACAUGAAAAACCCUAGAUUCAGAUUGAGAAUUGACCAACAUGGUGAUCAAGAUAGUGUGGAGUUUUGGGAGGGUUUGCCAGAAAACAUGAGAAAUUUGGCUUCUGAGCUUUACCACACUAAGUGUAGAUUGAAUGAGACCAUUGUGGUUUGUCAUAGUGAGCCUGGUGCUUGGUACCCUCCUUUGUUUCAGACACUCCCAUGCCCACCAACUGGUUAUGGGAAAUUUAGGUUUGUGAUUGGUCGGACCAUGUUCGAGACCGAUAGGGUGAAUCCUGAACACGUGAGACGGAGUAAUAAAAUGGAUUCGGUUUGGGUUCCUACUGAAUUCCAUGUAUCUACAUUUGUUAAAAGUGGAGUGGAUUUGUCGAAGGUUGUGAAAAUUGUUCAACCGGUCGAUGUCAAGUUCUUUGAUCCAUUCAAGUAUAGGCCAUUAGAUCUUGCCUCUAGAGGGACUAUGGUUUUAGGCUCAAUUCCAAGGGAUUUGAAUUUCGGAAAGCAGUUUGUUUUCUUGAGUAUUUUUAAGUGGGAAUACAGGAAGGGUUGGGAUGUGUUGUUGAAAUCCUACUUAAAGGAAUUCUCUAGGGCUGAUGGGGUUGCUUUGAUUUUGUUAACAAAUCCAUACCAUUCCGAUAGAGACUUUGGUAACAAGAUUGUGGAGUUUGUGGAGGAUUCUGAUGUAGAAAAACCGGUUGAUGGUUGGGCUCCGAUCUAUGUGAUUGAUACCCACAUAGCUCAGGUUGAUCUGCCAAGACUAUACAAGGCAGCUGAUGCAUUUGUUCUUCCGUCAAGAGGGGAAGGUUGGGGCCGGCCUCUUGUGGAGGCCAUGGCAAUGUCAUUGCCAGUGAUCGCAACAAACUGGUCUGGACCGACUGAGUAUUUGACAGAGGAGAAUGGCUAUCCUUUGCCAGUGGAUGGAAUGAGUGAAGUAAUGGAAGGGCCAUUCAAAGGGCACCUUUGGGCUGAACCUUCUGUUAACAAGCUUCAAGUUCUAAUGAGGCGUGUGAUGAGCAAUCCCGAGGAAGCUAAGUCCAAAGGAAUGCAGGCAAGAAAUGACAUGAUCAGUAGGUUCUCUCCUGAGAUAGUUGCAGGGCUUGUCACUGAUCAAAUGCAACAAAUUUUUGACAAGUUGGUGUGAGAUUGUUACUUGUUAGCGAUGUCAUACCAAAAAUAGCUUGUGUUUCUUGAGCUUAGCUCGUUUAGCAAUUUAAGUUGACCCUCAAGGUCGAACAUGGCUUCUUCGAGAUGCUGAAAGAGUUGGUUGAGGACCUGUUAACAAGCUGUUGAAGAUUAGUUCAUCUGUCAUUGAAUUGGUUACAAGGCAUUGCAUUUAUGGACUCAUUGUUCUAGGUGAGGGGGGGUUGUCAUGAAAUAUAUGUAUGUGGAUCAUAUGAAAAGACUUUAAUUUGAUUCGAAGUGUCUUGAGUAUGUGCCUCAAGAUUUUUAGAAAUGUAAAGAAGAUUCAUUAUUUUGACGAGUGAUACAAGUUGAUGUUUUGA